GCUGUCUCAUUGCUCUCUUCUCCGGAGACGCGUAAACCCUAGAAACCGCCUCGCGUCUUCUUCUUCUUCUUCCUCUUUCCAAAGCUCUGUUAAUGGCUUCCGCAGAGGUUGAGUAUAGGUGCUUCGUCGGCGGCCUCGCGUGGGCCACCGACGACCAGUCCCUCGAGCGGGCCUUCAGCCAGUUCGGCGAGAUCCUCGAAUCGAAGGUCAUCAACGAUCGGGAGACCGGGAGGUCCCGCGGCUUCGGAUUCGUCACGUUCGGCAGCGAGAAGGCGAUGCGGGACGCGAUCGACGGCAUGAACGGCCAGAACCUCGACGGCAGGAACAUCACCGUCAACGAGGCCCAGUCCCGCUCCGGCGGCGGCGGAGGAGGCGGCGGCUUCAGGAGCGGCGGCGGUGGCGGCGGGUACGGAGGCGGCCGCCGUGAGGGAGGCGGCGGGUACAGCCGCGGCGGUGGUGGCUACGGCGGCGGUGGUUACGGCGGCGGCGGUGGGUACGGCGGCGGCCGUGACCGCGGCUACGGCGAUGGCGGUUACGGCGGGGGCGCCAGGUACUCCAGGGGCGGCGGUGCCUCCGAGGGUAACUGGAGGUUUUAAGUUCGUCUCGACGGUGCUGUUUUCGUUGUUGACGUUUGCGUGAGGGGCCGCCGUGGUGGCUCUUCUGGUGUCAUGGUCAUGUUAUGGUUGAUGUGUUAUGGUAUCGUGUUCGGGUUCUCUGCUUUUUUGAUCGAUGGUUACUCAAAUUACCUGUCAUUUGCGCAAAGUAAGUAAAUGAAUUACAGACCUUCGUUCUCAACACCAA